AAUAAUAUCUACCUGUCCUCAAAUGUGUAGUAUAAAAGCCUUGCAACAGGCAUCGACGACCUUAAACAUAAAUCAACCUUUGACUCGCGUAGUAGUAAACAACUCGUCAUUCUUCAACAACUUCUCAACAAAAUGCGCGUGCUCAUUAUAUUUUCCUUUAGCCUAUUGAUGGCAUGGGCCAGUCCUUUGCUGAAGAGCAAAGAGCUGUAUAGUAAAAUAAAAAACCGUAUGUUCGGUGUCAACACGGAUUGCGGACCCUGUGGCGGCAUACACACCGUGCAGCCGAUGGCCAUGGCCCCAAUGCCAAAUGUCUACGCAGAGGCAUAUAAUCCGUCGCUACAAUUGCACGGCGAGUCUUCGGCUGUUUCAAGCGCUGGCAAUGUCUACAAUUCUCAAGAAUAUGCUCCUGGCCGCAUGAAUCAUUUCAUGAAUGCUAACGGUGUAAGAACGCAUAAUUUUAGAAGUGAUAAACGUCCAGCUCCAGUUUUGAAUUACGCCAAUAACCAUUAUGCACAAGUUGAGAAUGCCGCUGCAGCUUCCACGGCCGCCAGUCAUAGCUCAUCUACAUUAUGGCACCAUGAAGAGAACGCGCAAGCUGCAAGUGGAGCACAACAAUUGACAGUAACUCAUGGUGGUGGUGUUGACACAUUUGGAGCUGUACCACCCGUUCCUGCUGGCCCUGUUUGGAUUGAAGGUGAUCAGUACAAUGCAUAUUCACCUUUGGGUGCAGCUGCAGUAGCGCAAUCUGCUUCGUCCGCUUGGAGUCAGCAAAAUGGUAACUAUGGUCAAAAUAACGGACAUGGUGGGGCUUUUGCUCAUGCCAGUUCUACUUCGUGGAGCUCAAAUAAUUCUGGCUGAAAGAGUUUUAUGUUAAGUUAAGUUUAAAAGCAGAAAUUUGUAGAAUU